AUGUCUUCUAUAAUUCUUGGCCUCGUCAGCGGCAUCAUAUGUCUUUAUUUUCUGAGAUCUUUCUUAGCUAAAAAGAAGGCGCUUGGGCCACUCCCUCCUGGUCCCCAGCCAAAACCGAUUAUUGGGAAUCUAUGGGAUCUUCCAUCGCAGGGCACUCGGGACUGGUUGCACUGGUUAAAGCACAAAGAUCUCUAUGGCCCAAUUAGCUCCGUCACCACCUUCGGUCAAACAAUCAUCGUCCUAAACGAAGCGCGUCUGGCAUAUGAACUCUUGGAGAAGCGGUCUGCCAUACACUCGUCUCGACCACCAUGCACCUUUGCCCGCAUGGCCGGCUUCGGCGACAUCAUGACCGUUCUCGAGUACUCUGACCGAUUUCGUACCUCACGUAAAGUGGCACACCAGCAGAUCGGCUCCAAUAGGGCUAUCUCCCGGUUCAAUCACAUCCAGGAUGCGGAGGUUUGUCGGUAUCUUUUGAGGCUGCUUCGGGACCCCGAGAACUGGAUCGAUCAUCUCAGGAAGGAGACAGGUGCGGUUAUAUUGAAAAUCACUUACGGAUACACCGUUGAACCCCAUGCGCGUGACCCUCUGGUUGAUCUUGCGGACGACGCCAUUGGGAAAUUUUCUUCGGCGAUGGUUCCAGGGACUUGGCUGGUGGAUUCUAUUCCUAUUCUGAGAUACUUCCCUUCCUGGGCACCAGGCGGAGGCUGCACACGAGUAGCCGAGAGUUUUCGAACGGCUGCCAAUGAUCUAGUUGAGGUCCCGUAUGCGUUCACAAAGCAGCAAAUGGCCCGAGGGUGCAAUGAGCCGUCCAUCCUUUCGUACUAUCUAGAAGGAGAGAAUAUCCAGCCGGGCUCGGAAGAGGAGCAUCUUGUGAAGUGGGCUACUGGCACUCUUUACGGUGGCGGGUCAGAUACAACAGUCUCCACGAUGAUGUGUGUCUUCCUGACAAUGGCCUUAUAUCCGCAUGUACAACGCAAAGCACAAGAGGAAAUCGACCGGGUCGUCGGAACAUCACGUCUGCCCGGGUUUGAGGACCGCGAGAACCUUCCAUACAUCGAUGCUGUCCUUAAGGAGGCCCUCCGUUGGCAUCCCAUUGCUCCCAUGGGUGUCGCCCACAUGUCUACCGAAGAUGAUAUGCUUGAGGGAUAUCAUAUCCCCAAGGGGGCAAUUAUAUUGGCCAAUAUAUGGGGGUUCGCCCAUGACCCCAACGAAUACCACGACCCAAUGACCUUCAAGCCUGAGCGUUUCCUGAGUGACAACGGCCACACGCCUGAGCAUGAUCCCCAUUUCAUCUCCUUCGGGUUUGGGCGUCGGGUGUGUCCCGGACGAAAUCUAGCAGACUCAAAUCUAUGGCUUACUAUCGCUCGCACUUUGGCUGCCUUCAACAUAGCCAAGCCCAUUCGCAACGGCAAGGAGGUGGAUAUCCAGCCAGAGUUCAAGCCCAUGCUCAUCAGUCAUCCUGAUCCAUUUGAUGUCGACAUUAAGCCUCGUAGUGCAGGUCAUGAGGAGCUGAUUCGGGCUGGUGAGAAGCAGUAUCCUUGGGAGGAGAGCCAUGCGGAGGAAUUGCGGAGGGCAAUUGCCGUAUCGUAG